AUGGAGAAUCUUAAAAGCCUUCCUAAUCAUCUUCGUCACGAGAAACUCGAAGCUUCGAACUACCGAGCAACAAUGGCGAACAAACCCAUCAAAGUUAAGUACAUUUCAAGUCCCAUGAUGGUGAAGGCCAACAACGAGUUUGAGUUUCGAGCCAUAGUUCAGAAGCUCACCGGCCAACACUCGGCCGAUGAUGCUUUUGAUCGAUCACCUCAAGAAUUCAACCAUGCUUUUUGUCCCCCGUCGUCUACGGUGACUUCUUUUGACUCGAAGGAUUGUUAUGAUUUGGUUUCUAGUGAUGCUUACGAUCCGAUCGGGGUCGGUGAAAUGAAAGAUUCUUUAUAUGGGUUUCAAGCUUCUUAUGUUGAUGUAUGGAGAUGA